UCCAAAACAGCUCGGCACGGCGCGGCACGUCUCGGGCAUCACCCUGGGAAUAGAGAAAUACCUGGAAAGGAAGGUUUGAGCGGAAACAGGCCUCAACAGCAGCUUUGUGUUUUUUAUUUUUGCACAGAAGCAAGGACGGGGGGAGUGCGCCCACCGCGUUGCGGGUGUAUGUGCGUGCGUUUGGAUCACGAUGAUGCAAAGUGCGGCGGCCCUACCGACAGAGAGUCCUAUAAAGAGUUUACCGGAGAUUCUCGGUGUGCCACUGCAGCCAGAGAUCCCUCAGUGUGCAGGCUGCAGUCAGCAUAUCCUGGAUAAGUUCAUCCUGAAGGUGCUGGACAGACACUGGCACUCCAAGUGCCUCAAGUGCGCAGACUGCCAGACCCCGUUGGCGGACAAAUGUUUUUCCCGGGCAGGCAACGUGUACUGCAAGGAGGACUUCUUCAAGCGCUUUGGAACGAAAUGUGCGUCAUGCCAGCAGGGCAUCCCCCCGACGCAGGUGGUGCGGAAGGCGCAGGACUUUGUGUAUCACCUGCACUGCUUCGCUUGCAUCAUGUGCAGCAGACAGCUGGCCACUGGGGACGAGUUUUACCUCAUGGAGGAUGGGAGGCUGGUGUGCAAGGUGGAUUAUGAGACAGCCAAACAAAAUGAUGAUUCAGAGGGUGGGGCCAAACGACCAAGGACCACCAUCACUGCCAAGCAGCUGGAGACCCUCAAAAGUGCCUACAAAAACUCGCCAAAGCCUGCUCGCCACGUCAGAGAGCAGCUGUCUUCUGAGACAGGCCUGGACAUGAGAGUUGUGCAGGUUUGGUUCCAGAACCGGCGAGCAAAGGAAAAGCGUCUAAAGAAAGAUGCAGGUCGCCACCGCUGGACUCAGUUCUAUAAAAGUGUCAAACGUAGCAGAGGAGGAACCAAAGUGGAGAAGGAGAGCUCAGCUGACGAUGCAGGGCUCAGCGACAGCGAACUGAGCUUCAGAGACGACCAAGUCUUGUCUGAUCUCAGCCACACAAACGGCCUCUAUGGGAGCGUGGGUGACAUGACAGGCAGCGCGGUCCUGAACGGUGGCUUCUCCAUCGACACGGCGGGACAGCCCUACCAAGACAUCCGACCAGGGAGCCCCUACGGUCUCCCGCAGUCCCCUUCUUCCAUCGCCUCCCUGCCCGGUCACACGCCUCUCCUCAACAACCUGACCUUUAACAUGGACACUCUGGUGGUACAGGGGGGGCCGGGCGGUGUGGGACAGGCUCUGAGGGCCAUGGCGGGGGGCCCUACCUCAGACCUCUCCACAGGCAGCAGUACAGGAUACCCUGACUUCCCCACCAGCCCGGCCUCGUGGCUGGAUGAGAUGGACCAUUCCCAGUUUUGAACUUCGCGCCAAGUAGAAACACCACUGUGGGGAUUUAUCAUAAGGACACAAAAUAUUUUUUUUUUACAUUUCUUUACUACAGCCUCCAAGACUGGUGUGUUUUUUGUUGCGUGGUGAAGAGAAACAUUUUGACUGAAGUCAUAACAGCGAGAUAACAACCAGGUUGGAAGGUGCAGACUGGACUUAAACAGUAAAACAACACCUGAAUGUUCAAUCUCAACACUGAAUCACUUCAUUUUUUAUUAUUGCCUGUCUUUUGUUCAAUGGCUACAAAGGAGACUGAACUCCCAAAACAUUGGUGGAUUGUGCUCAACCACACAGAUUAGGGCUGUUGUCUGUAUCAGGCCCAGAAGGCAGCUGCAUGCUUCUGAAUCACCAUAAGUUGAACUGCUGUCCGGCGAUAUCAAAGCCUUCACAUUGGCAUUGCACUUUACUCUCCUCUUCUUUUUCUAUGUGUAUGGACAGGGGUGCAGAGGAGAGAGACAUAUGCACAAGGCAAACACAGUGUUUCACUCGGAGAGAAACUUACAAGAGCAGUGGCACAAGAGUGAAUCUAGAAACAUGCUCAUGUUUUUUAACGUAUUACUGAAAAAGUGUUUGGAGAAAUGGAUUGAUCUGCUGAUCUGUGCAUCCAUCCAUCCGUCUGUUGCAGAAGCUGUUUGAGGGUGUUUGUGACACAGCAGCUCUUUGGUCAUAUUUGCGGGAUUUUAGUCUGAGUAAAAGAUGCUUGAGAGAAGACAUCUGUCAGUAUUAAUACCUUUUUCACAUCAGGAAACUUUCAGUAUAGAUCAUACAUGUGAAUUAAUUUAUUCUUGAAAUGCAAAGAUAUAACACAUGCAGUUUUCUGUAAUAGCUAAGCCCAAAUUGCACAGAACACCAAUGAGUUUUAAAAGGAACAAAGAAAACCCCCUUUGUGUUUGCUCUCUUCAGUCAGAUCCAGCCUCCUCCUGAUAAUCUUCUCAGUCAGCAGCAGCCUCAGCUUUGCUCGCUGUCAACCUACUUCCCCCAGCUCCAGAUGUGCUGUCAGCCUGUUGUCCGGCUGCCCAGCCCUUUGUACCAGAGGGAUUAACACAGUCUACCACAUUCAGAGCUGAUAAUUCAGCAUCCGAGCUGGAUCGGCUGCAGAGAUCAGUCACCAUCGGCUCCAGCUUCACAAAUUAUUUGCUGUAUUAGGAAUAUCUCUUAGUAAAUCUCUUGUGAGCUGCAUUGAAGUUGUAAAAGUAUCUAACAGCUUCAUGCUUGUGCAGGAGUUUUCCAUUAAAUGCAUCCGUUCCAGAUCUGAUCUCUGCUCCUCUUUCUGAUCUGAAGAGAAAUCAAUCAAUGUGAGCAUCUUUUUUGGAGAAACGAAUGCCAAGUCUUCUUUUUUUCCUCAUCUUUUACCUCUCUACAAAUCAAAAAACAGACACCAUUCAGAAAAAACAACACAAAACAACAACAGAUUACAGCCCACAAAUUACCGUGUUAUUACUUUCUAAAUUACACAAUACUUUGAUUAACAUGUAGAUAAAACGGACAAGACAAGAGAGGGAGAAACUUUUGACAGGAUAUUAAUUUCUUAUUGUGCUUAUUUAUGCAUAAUUUCUUAUGACUUAUUUGAAAUAAAUGUUUUCAAUAAUUAACUAUUUUAAUGCUAUUUAUGAGUUAAAAAUGCCAUGUAUUCAUGCAUUUUAAUAAUGCUUGAUAAUUCUAAUUUGUUUAUGCCAGGUAAAUAAAAAGCAUAAUCCCUCCAAUUAGAGAUGUGUCACAACCUUAUUCCAUGCACAAGCCACUGGAUAAGCAGUAAAUGCUAUGCUGCUCCCAGCUGAAUUAUAUAGACAAACUAACUUGUUGGCUGAAAUCUGGGAUUUUAGAGGAAAACAUCACAGAAACCCAUAAGCAGUUUAGUUCAAUCUGUUUUGCCUCAGUAGUUUGCAUCUUAUUGUUGUAAAUUAUGUACAGUUUGAAAACGUGUAGAUCGUCUUGUUUCAUGAGCGCUAUUUAUUAUUCUUGCCAUGUGUCUUUGAAAAAGAUGU